CCGACAUGCAUUAUUAAGCGCCUGACUUGCUUCUGUACAAAGGUUUCAAGUUUGUUGCUCGCCCAGGGAUCUGGAGGACGACAUCCACUUGCUGCUCUAAACUUAAGCCGCAGGUUCCAUUAUGGGUCGACUUGAUGGGAAGGUCAUCGUGCUGACAGCUGCCGCUCAGGGGAUUGGCCGGGCAGCUGCCAUAGCUUUUGCAAGAGAAGGUGCCAAAGUCAUCGCUACGGAUAUCAAUGAGUCCAAACUUCAGGAACUAGAAGAGUACCCCGGUAUUCAAAUUCGGACCCUUGACGUCACAAAGAAGAAACAAAUUGACCAGUUUGCCAAUGAAAUUGAGAGACUUGAUGUUCUCUUUAAUGUUGCUGGUUUUGUCCAUCACGGAACCAUCCUGGACUGCGAGGAGAAAGACUGGGACUUCUCGAUGAAUCUCAAUGUCCGCAGCAUGUACUUGAUGAUCAAGGCAUUUCUUCCUAAAAUGCUUGCACAGAAAUCUGGCAACAUUAUCAACAUGUCGUCUGUGGCAUCCAGCGUCAAAGGAGUUAUGAACAGAUGUGUGUACAGCGCCACCAAGGCGGCUGUGAUUGGCCUCACGAAGUCCGUGGCCACAGACUUCAUCCAGCAGGGGAUCAGGUGCAACUGCGUGUGUCCAGGAACGGUUGAUAGCCCAUCUCUGCAAGAAAGAAUACAAGCCAGACCAAAUCCCGAAGAGGCACGGAACUAUUUCCUGAAGAGACAGAAGACUGGAAGAUUUGCAACCCCAGAAGAAAUAGCCCUGCUGUGUGUGUACUUAGCUUCUGAUGAAUCUGCCUAUGUAACAGGUAAUCCUGUCAUCAUUGAUGGAGGCUGGAGCUUGUGAUUUUGAUCUCUUUGCUGGGAAGGCAGGCCCCUCCUGUCCACAGUGAACCUGGUUAUGAAGAAAAUUCACCCCUCAUGUCUUUCCUAUUAAUGGCAUAUUAAUGAAAACAAGCCCUUUUUAAUUAUGUCAUUGUUCACAAGAAUCAGAUUCUUUAAAUAUAUUAAUCUCUUUCUAACCUCUUCUGAAAUCAUUGUAGGGAGAUGACAUAAAAGACAAUGAACUCACUGCAAAUGAAUAGUUUUAAAAUAAACCACAAUUUGCAAGCAUAUAAAAUUAAAAUGGGAAUAUGAAAAAUGGAAGGUUUUUAAGAAAAAGGUAUUAAUUUGUAUUUUACUUCUAUUUCAAAUUAUUCAACUAUUUUGUACAAUUCUGCAUUGGUCUGUACAUGGAUACUAAUUUUAAAAUUUUACACCAUUAUAAAUGAAAACAAGGUAGGAAGGAAAUUUGGCUUCAGUAACUUACAUUAAAAGGACUUUAGAUUCGGAACUAUACUGUUGAUCAAUUAUAUAAAAGAAAAAUAAUCAAGUGUUUAUACUUAACGGAUGUUAUCACUCAAAAUUAAGUACUGUCUUCUUAGUUUAAGUAAAAAAUCUUUCUUAAAAUAAGCAAUGAUAUUUGGCAUGGGCCUAAGAAACUUAUAAUGAACUAGCAGUAUUGGCAAUUUGAGUGAUAUUUUUUAGGUUAAAUGUAGAUUUUUUUUUUCACCAAAUUCCAGGUUAAUAGUAAGAGGACAUGAAAUUUAGAAACAGUCUCUGGGUAAAUAAAUAUAAGUGAAUCAUAUAAUAGGAAACAAAAUUAAAGAAACUAAAAUUUUCAAGGAAUGAUGAAAUAGAAAAAGAAUUAAGGAA